AUGAGGCGAGUCCUCAAGUCAUCGAACAGCACCCCCUCAAUAGUGUGGAUGGAUAGGACAAACUAUCAGUUUGCUUUCACUGGUGGUGUAGGUGGAGAUGAAACCAAAGUCGUAGGCACUUGCCUGCCUACCUUUAGAUGGUAUUUAAGAUUAAAUAACAACAACAGUAAUUAA